CUGUCACACCCCAUCCAGCUAGCAGCAGUACGACUUCGCCCUCAGACCCCCAUCAUAGUGUAGCAAUUUACACUAUAACGGUAACUGCUUUUCGUCUAACCACUACCCAACAGACCUUUCUGGUAUGGUAGGACCUCGAGGGAACAAGCGUUCCACCAGCAUAGCUCGUUGGGUCAUUGUGAUAUGCAAGCCCGACCACCACGUCAAGGUAGCAGCUAUCGGUCGGGGCUGUUAUAAACUAACACUUGGAGUUUUCAAUCAUAUAAAAACAUCAUGCAUGAGAAUAGAUCUUUUAAAAUUAAUGAUGGUGACUGCUCAAUGGUCUGGGACAAUCAGGAAAAUCUAGAAACUGUAUGUUCUGUUGGAACACUCUCAGUCGCAUUCAUUACACUGUCAUAGUAAUCGACAUUGGAAAGCGAGCAAAAUCUCAAUAGAACGACUAGAAUCUCUAGAUUUCCAAAGUUAUCACAGACCAACGUAGAAUGAAGAUAUAGCAGUCACUGUCACCAAUUUUAGGUAGUCUCUCCACUGAUGUAUGGUUCAGUGACAAAAGUUUAAAUAAUUACAGAUUGAAGACCAAACUGUUGUGGGUCCAAAUGUAGUUGUCGGUUAUGAGGAAACACAUGUCAUAAGAAUGGGAAACCCAACCAACCACAACAAUCCAGUCACACCUUUUCAGAGAAAAAUUUUGCCUGAUUUUCUAACGGAAACUUAUUAAAAUGAUAGUGACUAACAUCACAAAUGGAGAUACCAGCAUAAUUUUGGGGCUUUUCAACGGUUUUUCCUCCCUUUCGAAAGAAAGUGCGAGUUGUAUUUAGAAAUAGUGGGGCGUGUAAAUGUAAGAUAAUCGACAGACACAUUUAUUAUCAGACUGAGUUGAAGGAGAACUUGGUUCAUUAUAUAGAUUCAUGGUUAGAUUGCUACUUUUUCGACAGGGUUGGGCUGCAACUAAACUAAGAUGAGUUGUCGGUGUCCAGCAGUUCUCAACAAUUGUGGGCUGUUCUUGGUGUAGCAUAACAACGUCUUUCGUGAGUGGCAUAUUCGUAAGUGGAGUUUACGGCGGAAACUCAAAACCUAGUGUCUAAAGAUAUUGUAGAGGAGCUUGAAGAAAUGGGUGUUAGUGGCUUGUUACUUACAAGGUUAAGUAGAUGAAUGAUACUAAAGGUCGUUGCGAUCGUCUGUGCGGCACAGGUAUGAUCAGAUGCGAAGCAGACUGUUGGGGAUAAUCGCAAAGCAACCUCUGUGGGUUUUAGUUUGGCGACAAAAUGACUUUUGCUAAUGGAGGGUAUCCCCCUUAGAACUGACGCUACCUCCAGUAGUCGCAAUCAAGUCGUCAAUCCCAUUUCGAAAGAUAACUGUCUUCUCCUGAUAACUGUAUUCCUUUUAGAACUCAUUCAUCUUAAACACCUAGGGGUAGUGAAGAAGCUAAUUAGCUGAUGGUAAGAAUUAGACCGUAAUCGUGACAAACCUAUGUGGUUAAAGUUUUUGAUAGCCAUCAACGAUGCUUUAGGACAUUGCAAGGAAUUGAUAUCUGUGAACUUUCAUCAUGAAUGUCGUACGAGGACUUAUGUGUUAGUGUAGAAGUGAUUCAAAUCUAAAUCAUUUGUCUGACAAUUUUGUCCUGAUUAAAGGUAAACCAGGCUUGAUUAUUAAAGGGAGGGGGGAGGCGGAGUACAUUCUCAAGCUUACAGAGAUCCAUGUGACUACUUUAUUGAACGUUUUCAAUCAAGUAGUAUCAGUAUGUUUCAGGUGUUAGUAGUUAGCCAUGAGUUUACAGGGAUUCCUGUCACUCAGAUUCUCUUAAAGUGUAUUGAAGUACCGACCGAAAUUAUGAAGUAGCAAUGCAAUUAACUCUGACAUUCCUCUAGAAUUUAGAAAACCUUUUCAACCAUAUUUAUACGUCUUCUUGGGCAUUUUCUCAUUGUCAUAUCGUAUGUGCUAUUCUUUUACUCCCUAUUCAUCUCAUAUGAUCUUCUACUGCUUUGAUAACAUUCUUUUUUCUCAUAUAUCUUCCGUCCUAAUACCUUAUAUCUUCGUAUGAGGUGUGACAACUUGGACUGUUAUUCAUUAGUUACAGAUCACCUUCGAUGUUGGCUGCGGUACUGUUAUGUUUGUCUGUCAAAUAGCUCUAGUAUACAAAAUUGGUGCCGUAAUAGUAAACUUUGGGCAGAUGAUUUAUACCGGUUUGCAUAUUGUGACAUUUCUUGUGGGUGUGUGCGUAAUGAGCUGAUAACUAUGGAAUUUUGUUUAUUUCCAUAGGUGCUUUUAAUGGAAAAUUGAAAGAGUCUUUUGAAAUCAUCACCUAAGGAUAAUUAAAACUGUUGAUGUUUUAUUCCAAAAAGGUAACUCUUUUGAACAUUUUCGUCUGAAGCAUGACUUUUUCAGGAGCAUAUAUGAAAAAGAUUGAGAAUCACGGUCUCCUAUCCAAGAAUCAAGUGCUCCUAUUGCACUCACCGGUCGAGAUAUACUGGCCAGGGCGAAAAAUCGGACCGGGGAAACCGGUGCUUAUAUUAUUCCAGUACUGGAAAACGUUGAUGCUUUCAUUGAAUCUCUCCAGCCACUCACAUAAGUUCCAACUCAGACAAGUUAGAUUACCAAGGGGACAUCAAAACAUUUGGAUAUAGAGGCUAUUAUAGUGUAGUGGACGCUGCUGACCAGAAUGGGUAUAAGUAGUCUGUGUUAAGAGGGCGGCAGAAAUCAUAGGCAAUUGCCAGCAAUGGGUGAAUAUUCUGCCCAGAGAAACGCAAGACACAAUGUGGGCGUAUUAAAAGCAAGUCGAGAUAAAAGCAGAAGGAAAAAUAAACCACAUUGUGCAAAUGACUGUUUUAGUAGAAAGUGUACAAUAUUUGAUAACUCACCGUGCAAGAUGUCAGUAAUAAACAUUCCUUCCUGCGUCUCGGUUUGUCGUUCCCUGCAAUAGUAUUUACGAGAGGUACAAACUUGGUGGAAAAUCUUAUUAGACUUGACGAAGUGGUUCAUGCUCUUAUCAUCACCCCAGAAAAGUUCUGAGACGUUUUGAAGUGGUCUCUUAUCACAACAGAUAAAUGUGGUGUACUUGUCCUAGACGCAGCUGAUAAAUUGUUAUGUACAGGAUUUAUUGUAACUACGCGUUUUAAAUAUAAUUCCAAUUUUAGAUAUCAUUUGUAAUCCACCAAAUGACCGACAAAUCAGUCUAUUUUCGGCUACAUUUCCUAUAUCAGUCCAAUCAUUUAUGAAGAAACACUUGAAAUCCCCUCACGAAAUUAAUCUCAUGAAUGAAUUGACUCUCAAGGGCAUCACUCAGAAAAGCAGAAGGUAUUUCAGCUUUUUAAAUUUCUCUUACUAUGCUUUGUCUAGAUACACUGUCUAUAUACAGUCUUUUCACCAUUUGGAAUCAACCAGGCAAUGAUAUUUUGCACUACUGCCCAGCGUGUGGAGCUUUUAGUUAAAAAGAUAAUGAAGCUAGGUUAUUCUUGUUUCUGUAUACUCGCGCGCAAGCCACGUCAUUAUUGAAAUCGUGUUUUUCAUGACUUCCGAGCAGGUCACCGUUGUAAUCUUAUUUGUACGGACCUCUUCACAUGAGGUGUCGAUGUUCCUUUUGUCAAUGUUGUCAUUAAUUUCAAUUUUCCUCAAUAUGCUGAAACCUACCUACAUCGUAUUAGCAGAUCAGGGUGUUUCAGUCAUCUCGCUAUCGCAAUCAAUCUAAAUACGAACGAUGAUUGGUAAGUUACUAUGUGAACUACUAACCACUUUGUUUUCAGAUUUAAUUUGAAAGCCAUUGAAUCACAACUGCAGAUAAAUAUUAGACCAAUACUUCAGUUAAUUGACAAGCGUCUUUACGUAUCUGAAUACCAGAUAGAGCCUAAUUUAGAUGCAGAGACUCGAUGGAGACUUCGUUAUGGUUUGGCAAUUCUAGAGGGAAAAGGCCUAUGCUAUGUUACAGAGUCUAAUCCAAUGAAGAUUGUUAACCAGGCUUAGUGUUUCUUGUAUUUGUGACACAGAUAUUAUUGCUCUUUUGUUCUUUUCGCUUUUUACUUCCAACAUUUGCCUUUCUUAACUGUUGUUUCAAUGCAUUUCUAGUGUUAUCUGUUUGUGAUAAUUUUGCAACUUUCCAGUGCUAUUGUUUUUGUGCAAAUAGAUUUUUGUUUUAGAUGUUUUUGUUUUUACUGAAGUACUAGGGGUGUCAUAUUGUCUAUGGUAAAACAGGUGUUGAUAUAAAUAGUUAAUUUUUUGAUUUGUAUACACAUCCAUGAUAUCACUGUUUAUAUGAGUUUGUGAAAGAAUGUUGACUUCUUGGAAACGUUGUGUUAGUAAGAUAUUUCAUGACUGAAUGUCGACUGAAUAAUGUCAUUAAUUGAAUAUAACUUAUGUGAGAAAGUAUAAAAUUGUGCUCUUCACUAGUGUGAAACAACUGUCAGUUCUAUUUUAGCUUAAUAAAACUAGACUGAUUUCACUUGUUUUUAUGUUGUGCGUUAUUUUCUGAUUUCCUUUACUGAUUCACAGAUGUCUGAAGUGUUCGAAGUUGCUGAGUUGGCUGAAGAUUUGAAUGAAGAUAAGAGUUGGGAAUCUAUUGAACCAUGCCUGAAAUACAAACCCUUAGGACAUGGUUUGUCUGAUAUAACUUCUAUGGAUUCUGUCAGUUGUUUGGCAGUCCAUGAAAAAUUUAUUGCAGUUGGUACAGAAUGGGGACGUAUACACGUUUUAGAUCAUAAUGGCUUUCCAAUUGAAAAUGGGAUAUAUAGUGUGCAUAGCACAUCUGUUAAUGAGAUCAGUAUAUCGGAACAAGGUUACUAUAUUGCAAGUUGUGGAGAUGAUGGACGUUUGGUUAUAUAUAAUUUAUCAUUGACAGAAACUGAUCAAGUCAGUAGUUUUGAUUAUGCUAUCAAAGCGGUUGCUCUUGCACCUGAUUAUGAAAAAUCUCGUAAUGUUGUGAUUGGUUUUCAAAAAAUACGCCUACUUUCUAAAGGUAUACUUACCAAAGCAAAACAUGAAGAUCUUGCUAAAGUUAGUGGACUAGUUAGAACUAUCAAUUGGCAUAAUGAAUUUAUCUUAUGGGCUGAUGAUGAGAGAAUUUGCGUUUACGAUACACGAGAUCAUCGUCCAAUCACUUUUAUACAGUACUCCAGUCAAGACAUAGAGUCACCCGGUUUACCUACUGUUUGUAGUCUCUGUUGGUGUACAGAUAAUUGUUUUUUAAUCGCUCGAGGGCAAUCGAUUCGAAUUUGCCAAAUUUUAGAACGAAAUCCUAAUCCUGAUGAUUCAUUACACUCUAGUCAUUCUUCAUUCACACACCAAUCAUCUCAAAGUUUAGCAUCAUCUGAAGUUCGUAUUGGUUUGCCAAGUCGUUAUGUUGAAAUUGUUUAUCAAGUCAAUAUGAAUGGUAUUGUCAUUCGAGGUAUUUCAAGACAUCAAUCAUGUCUUCUAUUAUUAUCUAGUGUAACUGAUACAUCUCAUAAACCAGGAUAUGAAAUUUGUGUUCUAGAUAUUGAUUUGGAUUCUACUGUUAACUUCCAGCAAUACAAAGAAAUUUAUCGUGAAAAACUACCAUUUCAGUCUACUGAUUCACAUAGCAUUGGUUUAGCUAGUGUCCCUCAUGAAAAUACACAUUAUAUUUUUUCAAAAAAAGAAGUAUUUUGUGCUCAAGAAUUAACUCUUGAUGAUCGUAUUGAUUGGUUACUUGAAAAUAAUUUAUUUCUUAAAGGACUUGAAAUUGCUCAACAACAUCCACGAUUAUUAACUCGUCAUACAAUCCAAUCUGUUGGUAUCAUAUACGUGGAUCACCUCUUAAGUGGACGUCAUUUCGAUGAAGCUGGAAAGCUUUGCUCCCAAGUUUUAUCAACGAAAGAAGCUUGGGAAGAACAUAUUCAAAAAUUUUACAGUCUUGGUCAUCUAGAGGCUAUUGUUCCAUACAUUCCAGUUGGCGGUGUCAUUAAUAUCAAUGAAAAUUUUAUUCGGAGUUUAUUAGACUGUAUUGAACACCGUACUUCCCUAUCUGAAGCCAUUGAUAUAAGCAAGCUAGAUUUAGAAGUACAAGCAUUGUAUCAUGGUUUAGCAGUUGCUUACGAACAGAUGGGGUCAUAUGAACAGGCGAUUAAUAUUCUAGUUCGUCUACGUGAUCCACAAGUUUUUGUUCUUUUGAAACAUAAUGUCAUCAAACUUAAAGAUCGUAGAUUAGCAGAUAUACUUAAAGAUUAUUUGGUUCCUUUCAUGGAGUUGGAUACAAUGAAAGCGAUUAACAUAUUAAUGGAUCAUAUCGAUCAUGUUUCGGUUGAUUAUAUUGUAAAUCAGCUUAAUUCAGACUCACAGCUGCUUUAUCAAUUUUUAGACUGUGUUUACUCCAAAUUCCCACAAAUAAUAUAUCCAUAUUUAACUCGUCUCAUAUCAUUAUACAUCAAGUUUUGUCGAAGUAAACUAUUACCGUUGUUACGGUCAACGGAUCGAUAUCCAUUAAGUGAAGCUUUAAGCCUAUGUGAGCAUGCCAAACUUGUACCAGAAACUGUGUACCUAUUAACAAGAGUUGGAAGACGUCAUGAUGCUUUACAGUUAAUUAUGACAAGGGGUGGUGAAGAUCUCUCGAUCGACAAGUCAGCAACACAAGAAGAACGUCAGGCUAUAGCUGCUACAAAAUCAAUUGAAUACUGUCGAGAAGAGGACGGAAUCCAUUCAAAAAUCCGACGCCAUUUUCAUCGAUACCAUAGUACAGAUAAUUCAACCUUUGAAAAAGAUGAAGAUGAAGGCGAUGAAAAUGCUGGUGAAUUAUGGCAACAGGUUAUCUUGUUUGCAGCUGAUAAACCUGCCUUUAUAUGUGCGUUGUUGCAGCAUGCAGGUUGUGAAGGUCUUGAUUCACGUUUGCUACUCCGUAAAAUAUCACCAGAUAUGACCAUACCUGGUCUCCGUAACGCUCUUAUCAAACUCAUGCAUGAUUACAAGAUUCAACUUGAACUGCAACAAAGUUGUUCACGCAUUCUGCUCUCAGAUAUGCAUCAAUUAUUCUUACGUGUUAUCAAAAUGCAAAUGAAAGGAAUGCGUGUGAAUUCAAAUUCUUUGUCUUUUAUAGAAUGUAUUAUAUGUCUACAACCUAUACUUAGCAUCAACGGGCAAUCAAGGCGAAAAGUAAAUCAGAUAACAGAUGAGGACAAAUUUAAAAGUGAUGCAGAAAAUCGUCCAUGGGCAAUUUUCCAUUGUAAACAUAUUUGUCAUCAAGAUUGUUUAAUCAAUGGAGAAGUAAAAUGUCCUUUGUGCUCUAAAUCACGUAUAAUAUAG